AUGUUGUCGACGGCCACCGCAGACGGUGUUCCGGCGCCCUACAACUCGACGGUGGCGACGCGGCUUGGACGGCGGCGGAUUCCGAUACACACGACGUUCUACUGGGGGCACAAGGUGGACAUACUUUUCCAGUGUUGGCCGGGCGACAGCGCUGCCAUGUACGCGGUGGCGCUGAUCCUCGUAUUCUUCAUGGCGGUGCUGGUGGAGUGGCUCUCAUUUACCAACAUCGUGAAACUCAAGCCUGGGGGCUCAAACGACGUCGUUGGAGGGCUCCUGAAGACGGGGUUAUACGGCGUGCGUUCUGGGCUCUCUUACUUGGUUAUGCUGGCCGUCAUGUCGUUUAAUGGUGGCGUCUUUGUCGUUGCAAUAUGCGGCCACGUCAUCGGGUUCUUGAUUUUCGGGACACGAGCUAUAAGGAAAAAAUCGGGCGGGUUGGACUCUUCUAAACCGUAG